AUGACAGCACAAUCCGACACUUUCAUCGUCCAUGAUGAUCGCUUCCACGCGAUCCUCGGACCCAAUCCAACCUGCCAGUUGCUUUUGGAGAAAAACGACUACCCCUUCGCCCACGAAGCAGGCGUCUUCAUCGCCUCCACCAACGACCUCUUCAUCACCAGCAACCAAUUUCCACACAUCAGCGCCGGUCAGAAAACCAUCCAAAUCUCGCGGGUCAAGCUAGGAGAUGGCACAGCUCCACCCGUCCUCGAGGAACUCCCGUCAGAGACAGUCCCCAUGGCCAACGGCGGGGUGAAUUACAAAGGCAGCACCAGUGUUCUCUUCUGUGGCCAGGGAUCCAGCAACCUCCCCAGCGGCUUAUACGAAAUGUCCACGUCUCCGCCCUUCAGCACCAAUCUCGUCAUCGGAGACUUCUACGGCCGCCCCUUCAACUCGGUCAACGAUGUCGUCGUGCACUCGGAUGGCUCGAUCUGGUUCACCGACCCUGUCUACGGCUUUGAGCAGGGAUACCGGCCUCCACCCAGUCUGCCUAGUCAAGUCUAUCGCUAUGAGCCUCGCACCGGCGGGAUCCGGGCUAUGGCAGAUGGAUUUGGAAAGCCGAAUGGGAUUUGCUUCUCGCCAGACGAGAAAACGGUGUAUAUCACCGACACGGCCAGGAUGAGUGGUGAUUUCACGACGGACGAUCAUAAGCCUUCCUCGAUAUACGCGUUCGACGUCUCCGUCUACCACGGUGAACCGUUUUUGACGAAUCGACGACUGUUUGCCAUGGCCGAUUGCGGCAUUCCAGAUGGCAUCAAAUGCGACCUGCAGGGUAAUGUGUAUAGUGGGUGUGGAGAUGGUGUGAACGUUUGGUCUCCUGGUGGUGUCUUGCUAGGCAGAAUCCGGGUCCCUGAUGCGGGAGUUGCCAAUUUCUGCUUUGGUCGAGAUGGAGAGAUGUUUCUUUUGAAUGAGUAUAAGCUGUGGAGGGUGCAGUUGGGGGCUGCUAGAGGGGCUUUACUGGGUAUUUGA